GCGCCCGGUGAUCGUUUUGUGGCCACGCGGAGUAAUGCCCGCGAGGAGGAGCAGGAGGCGGACAGCGCGCGCCUUUUCUUGGACACAUUUCGGAGACGAACCGAGAGGGGGUAGGAGGGUCGAGAGGGGAGGAAGGGGGGGAGGAGGAGGAGGAGGAGGAGGUCGGGCUUCUGUCAGCAUUGCGCUCCCUUCUUGCCAUUGCGAUGUCCACGAGAAAGACAUCGUUGGCGGAGCAGCAGGCUAAAAACGGAACGUCCAAAUACGUGUUGGAGAGAUGCGCCUCCGUUAACGAGUAUUAUGACAUCGCGUUCAAGGUGAUGCUGCUCGGAAACUCGUCCGUGGGGAAGACGUGCAUCUUGGUGCGCUUUAAGGACGGGGCAUUUCUGGGAGGCAACUUUAUAGCCACCGUUGGAAUAGACUUCAGGAACAAAGUGGUGGACGUCGACAACCUGAAAGUCAAACUGCAGAUAUGGGACACUGCCGGACAAGAGAGAUUCCGCAGUGUAACACACGCCUACUACAGAGAUGCUCAGGCGUUACUCCUGCUUUAUGAUACCACCAGCAAGCUGUCGUUUGACAACAUCAGGGCUUGGCUGACCGAAAUACACGAGUAUGCCCAGAAGGAUGUGGUCAUCAUGUUGCUCGGCAACAAGGCGGACAUGGCCGCGGAAAGGGUGGUGAAGACGGAGGACGGGGAGAAGCUGGCGAAGGAAUACGGCGUUCCUUUCAUGGAGACCAGCGCGAAGACGGGGGUCAACGUGGAGCUGGCCUUCCUCGCCAUAGCCAAGGAGCUGAAGCACAGAGCGACGCAGCAGCAGAAUGAGCCCAAGUUCCAGAUACACGACUACAUCGAGUCUCAGAAGCACAAGUCGGGCUGCUGUGGCCACAUGUAGCCGAUCCGUCUCCAGCGCUGAGCUUUCAGCUCGGACGCUCGGAGUGAAUCUGGAUUGGCCGCCGUCCCUUCUCUGAAAUGUGAAUUUUAAAUGUAAUGCGUAGAAAAUGUGUGUGGUCUUUGUGGUGACAGUUGUAUCAAACUACAAGUCAGGAGUUGCAAUUUGAAAUGCAACAUCCAUUUGCAGGGACAAAACGGAAAACAUGCCCAUUUUAUUCUACAUCGCUGCAAAGAGAAAUUUGUUGGUUUUGGAUGAAAUAUUUGGAGCCAUGUGAAUUGUGUGUAGAUCCUUGGAGUCUGUUAGUUUGGUCUAUGAGGUGUCUGCCUGGUCAGACGCGUUGCACAAAAGGUUAACCACACCGUCAGAUUCUUCUUGAAAAUCUAAUAGAUGACCCAUCUUUUGUGUUUACUGGAGCUGAGGGGAAACCGAUCUGGCUCGUUUCACCGUGUCUUGGCAUUUGCUAAUGCUAGCACUUCUAGCAGGGGCUAGCAUUUGAGGACGUUUUAGGCUAAUUAUAUUUGUUUAAGUUUAGCUUAAAUACUCUGACAGUAUUCAACUUGUGUUUUACAGGAGUCUGCACCUCAGAAAGCCAUGCAGUGUUAUGUUUGCUAGUGCCUUAGCUAAUUACAGUAACUCGCUAACACAUAGCUAACAUUAUCCCGCUAACAGCAAACUUCUCCCAUUCCAUCAGCAUUUGAGUCAUGAGCUGCACUCCAGGUAGAUAAGUUAUCCUUUGAAGGUCAGCUAGCUGACCUUUGUUAGCUGUUCAGCCUUUGGCUGCACGUUGGGCCGCUGAUUGUCCUGCUAACUAGCGGUUUUAUCCACGUUAACGUCCCUUUAGCCCUCUGAGUCCAUUUCGUCGUGCUCGCGAAGGGGCCAGAGAAUUCGGCCGAACCAAACUUCCAAAUCCAAGAAGAGAGAUACAGAAAUAUUACCAUCCAACCCCGGUCUCCUACGAAAUGAAUUCAAGAAUUAACAUUUAAAAGGCUUCAAACACCUUGAUGAUCACAACAAAACCCCAAACUGCUCAGUUAGGUUUAUUCAAUUCCAUCACGAUCGGCUUAAAAUAACUAUGAAAUUCAACCCAAAUGCAUUCAAGUAAACGUAAUCCGCCUGUAAAAAAACGUUUUUCCCUGGAAACAGAUCUCACAAUGCUGUUUCUUUGUGGGCGAGCGUACGUUUCCACGGACUGCGCUGUAAUAUCUUAUGCCAACCAGAGUAUUUGUGAAUAUGUAUACUGCACAUAUAAAAUAUUUUAUAUGUAGUUCAGCUUGACUUCAUGCUUGUAAUGAAAGUAUUUUUGGUUGCUGUUAAACUGUGCUUCAGUAUCUUGAUCUCGUCCAACGUGAGCUCAACUCUUUGAACCUUGGUUCAAACUGAUCUCGUAACUGUCACCUUUUUCCUCCCGCGGUCCUCAGUUUUAUAUAAACAAUCAGCAGGACUGUUGGUGAAGAAAUAGCAUUUGUGCCCUGCAGCUCUUAGUUCGCUUCCAUCGCUGUUUUACCAGACUGUGAACUUAAUCCCUUUUGGCCUUACAGUCAUCAUCAUUAUAUUCAACUCAGCGUGUUUGAGAAGUGGACUUCAGUCCGAUUGUAGCCAAAUGAUCCCGUCUGUUCACAUCUGUACUGCUGUUAGAUAGAAUAAAGCCAUCUUUUUGAAGGUGA